AAUAAAAAACUGCACUUUCGCAUCAGUAGACGAUCGUCCAUAUGCAAAAUGGGACUCAUGGAUAUUCCAGAACUGUUUCUGAAGCUGUGGGGUCUAUGGCCGAUUAACACGCUGGAAACACCCUUGAAGCGAAAAAUCUAUCUUGUUUACCGAGUUACUGUUAUUGGAUGGUAUUCGGCCUUUAACUUCAGUUAUUUCAUCGGAUCUCUCAGAAUUAUUAUUGAUCAAGAGCCUUUUGAAAGAAUCAGCAAAUGCCUUUCGGUCUUCGUAUCCAUUGGGCUUCUUCUAUGGAAAGGUGUGAUCUAUCUCAGAAACGACAUAGCGCAAAUCUGCAUUCAGGUUAGAGACGCUGAAACUCCCCUCAGAAGUUCUUCGGAUCAGAAAGUUAAGGUGGCAUACCGACGAACGGAGGUCAGCAACAAGUACCUGAAUAUCUACAUCAUCGGAUCCACGUUCAGCACUUUGGUUGCUUAUGCAGGAGUGUCUUGCAUCGAGGUAUACAAUACUGGACCAGAUUAUUGGAAGAUGGACAAUGUGUCUUUUAUGCACGAAAUCUAUCUACCAAUCGAUAAGCUGAAGUGGCGCUGGUGGAUUAUGGUAGCUAACAUAGCGACGGCAUGCGAAAGCGUUGUGGUUAAUAUAGCUGUGCAGAGCAGCUUUUGCACUUUGGUCAUGUACGGAUCACUUCGAUUGGAAGUUUUACGUAUUGGGAUGCAGAGAUUUCAUCAUAGUCCUUGUGGAGGAGGGAAUAUGAAGAGUUUUGUGAUGGAACAUCUGGAUACUAUAAGGUAAUUUUCGCGCUUUAUAGUCUUUGUACUAAUAGUAUUUUCGACA